UUUUGGCUUUGGAUCUGCUUCUUUCUUCUCAUCAUCUUUAAACGUAUGAGAAGUGAAGAUCGAAACUUUCGGGUUAUUAUUGAGCAAGUUAACAUUACCAAUCUUGACAGUGAAGUGUAUGAGAAAUUUGAAUGCGAGGUCUACCAGGUAGACAAUCGCACCUACAUGACGUCGAGGCAUAUUUUCAAACGUCCUGUUGACCAAGUAAGUGUGCAUGCUGCACUGGAUUUUUGGAAGCUAAACGGCAAACAGAAAAUGAAACUCUAUGAUGUUGAGUUCGAUGGAUGUUACAUUCUGGAAAAUGCCAACAAAAACCGUUUAUUUAACAUGUAUGUCAAGAAUUUGAAAAAACACUCAAAUGUUAAAUUUCAAUGCCCCUUUCAAGCGCACGUUAACUAUGAAGUGAAAAACAUGUCGAUGAGUGAAGAGGACUUCCCCUCCUUUGUACCGCUAGGAAAAUUUCGUUCCAUAAUUGAGUACAUCAUGAAUCAGAAAUUGAGGGCUCGAGUCACUGCAAGCGGAAAAAUUAUACCGUUUGCAACAGAUCCGUUUAAAGUACUAACAUAA